AAACGUUUUUAUCAUGCUCGGCCAGUAUAUUACUUGAUUCAUCAGGGAAUACUUCAAGAUCAUUGAAUGCAUUUAUCAAUGAAACCUGGGAAUCAGUUUAUCGAAUAUACAAACUUGCAAAUGCAAAAUUACCAAAUAAUGGUGCCACCUUAUAA